AAUCAAUAAGUAAAUCUAUUAAACAGAAUUCCGAUAAGGUCACAUGACUUUGCUUUUCUCCAGAACGCUUGAGAAAAGCUCCUCCUCCUAAACCUCAUAACCACAAAAGCUCACACAAAGGGUUUUGGAGUGAUGGGGUCUCUUGUUCGUGAAUGGGUCGGAUUUCAGCAAUUUCCAGCGGCUACCCAGGAAAAUUUAGGUGAAUUCUUCGGCAAAUUGAAGCAAAAGGAUAUGAACACGAUGACAGUUCUUGUUCUGGGCAAAGGUGGUGUUGGAAAAUCAUCCACCGUCAAUUCUCUUAUCGGCGAACAGGUCGUCCGUGUCAGUCCUUUCCAGGCUGAAGGGUUGAGACCAGUGAUGGUCUCAAGAACAAUGGGAGGAUUCACUAUAAACAUUAUUGACACCCCUGGACUUGUGGAAGCUGGAUAUGUCAAUCACCAAGCUCUCGACUUAAUCAAAGGGUUUCUUGUGAACAGAACCAUAGAUGUCUUGCUCUAUGUUGAUCGUUUGGAUGUGUAUAGAGUAGAUGAGCUUGAUAAGCAAGUUGUUCAAGCAAUCACCCAAACCUUUGGAAAAGAGAUAUGGUGCAAAACCUUACUUGUUUUGACUCAUGCUCAAUUCUCCCCACCCGAUGAACUUUCCUAUGAAACUUUCUCCUCCAAGAGAUCAGAUUCUCUCCUCACCACUAUCCGCGCUGGUGCUAAGAUGCGAAAACAACAAUUUGAGGAUUCUGCAAUUGCGGUUGUAUAUGCGGAGAACAGUGGAAGAUGCAGCAAGAAUGAAAAGGAAGAAAAGGCUCUACCGAAUGGUGAAGCGUGGAUCCCAAACUUGGUUAAGUCGAUAACCGAUGUAGCAACAAAUCAGAAGAAAGCGAUUCAUGUAGACAAGAAGAUGGUAGAUGGAUCUCAGUCUGAUGAUAAAGGAAAGAAACUCAUCCCUCUUAUCAUCGGCGCUCAGUACUUCAUCGUUAAGAUGAUCCAAGGAGCGAUCAGAAAUGACAUCAAGAUAAGUGGAAAGCCAGUUUAAGAGCUCUGAAGAACAGGUUUUGUUGUGAUCCAACUAGGACGAGGAGAGUUUUUUUAUUUGCACCAUUUUCUUGUUUCCGGCUUUAUCUUGUCUGUAAUUUAUGGAGAUUUGUUCGAAUAAAAAAGAUUACCUUUUUCUGGUUAAAUGAAAAUGAAAUGGUUGCUUCUGUUU